UUCGCAGAGCUGCUCCUCUUCCUGGAAUGAAAUACAGCUUGAAAACCCCUCCUUCUUCUUCCUGCUCUCAAACACACUAAACUCUUCUCUUUUCCCUGCAGAUCUACAUGUUGUUGAGGAGAAAUGGCGCAGAAAGGAGUUCAGCUGGACCGGGAGACCAUCUCUUGUUCGAUCUGUCUGAAUCUACUGAAGGAUCCGGUGACUACUCCCUGUGGACACAGCUACUGCAUGAACUGUAUUAAAAGCUACUGGGGGGAAGAGGAUGAGAAGAAAAUCCACAGCUGCCCUGAGUGUAUGCAGAUCUUCACACCGAGGCCUGUCCUGGUAAAAAAUACAAUGUUAGCAGUUUUAGUGGAGGAGCUGAAGAAGACUGGACUCCAAUCUGCUCCUGCUGAUCACUGCUAUGCUGGACCUGAAGAUGUGGCCUGUGAUGUCUGCACUGGGAGAAAACUGAAAGCCCUCAAGUCCUGUCUGUUCUGUGUGGCCUCUUACUGUGAGACACACCUGCAGCCUCACUUUGAAUCACCUGCCUUUAAGAAACACAAGCUGGUGGACCCCUCCAAGAAGCUCCAGGAGAACAUCUGCUCUCGUCACGAUGAGGUGAUGAAGAUCUUCUGCCGUACUGAUCAGCAGGCCAUCUGUAUUUUGUGCUCCAUGGAUGAACAUAAAGGCCACGACACAGUCUCAGCUGCAGCAGAAAGGACUGAGAGGCAGAGAGAGCUCGAGGUGAGUCGACAAAACAUCCAGCAGAGAAUCCAGGACAGAGAGAAAGAUGUGAAGGAGCUUCAACAGCAGGUGGAGGCUAUCAAUCGCUCUGCUGAUAAAGCAGUGGAGGACAGUGAGAAGAUCUUCACUCAGCUGAUUCGUCUCAUGGAGAAAAGAAGCUCUGAUGUGAAGCAGCAGGUCAGAUCCCAGCAGGAAACUGACGUGAGUCGAGUCAAAGAGCUUCAGGAGAAGUUGGAGCAGGAGAUCACUGAGCUGAAGAGGAAAGACGCUGAGAUGAAGAAGCUGUCACACACAGAGGACCACACCCAGUUUCUAUACAACUACCCCUCACUGUCAGCACUCAGUGAAUCUACAUCCAGCAUCAAUAUCCGUCCUCUGAGGUACUUUGAGGAUGUGAUAGCGGCUGUGUCAGAGCUCAGAGAUAAACUACAGGACGUUCUGAGGGAGAAAUGGACAAACGUCUCACUGACAGUGACUGAAGUGGAUGUUUUACUGCCACAACCAGAGCCCAAGACCAGGGCUGAGUUCUUACAAUAUUCACGUGAAAUCACAAUGGAUCCAAACACAGCCCACACAUGGCUGUUAUUAUCUGAGGGGAACAGAAAAGCAACAAGAACAAUGGAAAACCAGACUUAUUCUAGUCACCCAGACAGAUUCACUGGAUGUGGGCAGGUCCUGAGUAGAGAGAGUCUGACUGGACAUUGUUACUGGGAGGUGGAGUGGAGAGGUUCUGGAGUUUAUGUAGCAGUCGCAUACAAAAACAUCAGCAGAGCAGGGAACGGGAAUGAAUUUGAAUUUGGAUUCAAUGACAAAUCUUGGGCAUUAAGAUGUGACAAAAACAAUUAUAGCUUUUGGUUCAACAACAUCAAAACUCCUGUCUCAGGUCCUCAGUCCUCCAGAGUUGGAGUGUACCUGGAUCACAGUGCAGGUAUUCUGUCCUUCUAUAGCAUCUCUGAAACCAUGACUCUCCUCCACAGAGUCCAGACCACAUUCACUCAGCCUCUCUAUGCUGGACUUUGGCUUUCUUGUUAUGGAUUCACUGCUGAGCUCUGUAAACUCAAAUAGACAGAAGUCAUUUAAGGGACAGUGGGUUAUAUUCUGCCUUUUAGUUGUUAAAUCCUAUUUUGUCUUGAUGUUUGUUGCUGAGAGCUGAUUGUUGUGGCGUUUCUUCACUGCACAGAAAUCACCUGUCAAUCAAACAUUGUGGGCGGUACUUUGACGUCUUCUCAUUAGUUGUUCUGUAAAUGUUUGAAUCUCUUUAGGUGGUGCUCCUUCCUGUGUUUGUUCAGCCAUAGAGGUCAUCACUCUUCAUGAUGGCUUUUGUUCAGCUGAACUGACAUUUUUCAGCUCUCUAAAUAUAUUCAAUUUCAAUUCAAUUAAAUUUUAUUUGUAUAGCGCCAAUUCAUAACAGAAGUUGUCUCAGGACACUUCUCAAAUAGAGCAGGUCUAGACCGAACUCUUUAAAACAUUAAUUACAGAGACCCAACAGUACCACCAUGAGCAAGACCUUGGAGACAAGGGCAAGGAAAAACUGCCUGUUAAAAGGCAGAAA